UACGAGUAUUUCGGGGUGUUCAAAUCCGAAACUAUGUAAACAGCAGCAAAACAACCCAGUUGAUUGUAUAUUGUCACCAGAUAAUCGAGCUCUAUAAUUGAAGUCCCUUACUCAUUUGGAAAUACUAUGAAUAUCAUGAGCAUAAAUUAGUAAGACGUUAAAUUAGUGGACGUCUGUUCAGUUCGAAAGAAUAUAAGAAGGGAUUUUCCGGAUAUUGGACUUAUAUAAUAGUUAGAAAAAUCCAAGCUAGGAUAGUUUUGAUAUUUUGAUGCCAUUAUUGCAAGAGAAAUUUCUUAUCAUUUAGUACAUUUUCGUAUACAGAGUAAUAUCGCAGCCGAAUCGAAUCAUCGUUUUGUUUUCAUAUCUGAAAAUCGAAAUCGAACAUCGAAAGCAGAGAGCGCUGUGAAGCUAACAAAAGUGACCGGGCCACCGUCAAAAAUGUAUUUAAUGAGUGAAUUUUCCCUCUUACACACGUCGGCUAUUGUGAGACUCGCACAGGCAUUUCAAAAACGAAUACUAUGGGGUCAAAAUGGACCUAGAAAAUUUGGAUUUCUAUUGACAUGUGGACAGCUUGUGGGUAUUUCACUAGGCAAUUCCGUAGUUUUUCUUUAGUCCUCGAGUUUAUAUGAAAAUUUUAUUUAAAUUAAUCACAUACAAUUACUCAUACAACAACAUCGAUUGCGAAGUAUUUCAACUGUGUAUAGAAACACGUAUUAUGUAAAGAUGUCAAAAUGAGAAAAUUUUGUUCUCAGUCAAAAUUCAAAAUUAAAAAAAUUUUAUUUUAUUUGGAUAAAACUUUUGUUUACUAUACAUACUUGGCCGAUACAUAAAAACCAACUAAUUUUCGCAAUAAAACACCCUAAGCCACGUUAUUGCCCGACAACUUAGAAGAUCUUAACUACUUCUUUGUUCUAGAAAAACAAGAGGAGGUUGUUUAUUUAGAGUAAUGAAAAACAAAGAUGGCAAAAAUUCGGGUGGGAACAGUCCGACCGAUUCUCAACACGCUGACGUAGAAGGCUGUAACUUCGGACUAAAGCCAUUUGAGCUACUAUAUCUUUGGUAUCCGAAUCAGGAGAGUGUGAACCACCUCGAGUAUAUCCGUCGACUGGAGUGCGAGUUUACAUGUCUCCAACGAGCAUUCCUAACACUAACCACACAAUUUGCGCGUUUGCAAUUCCGCAUACGACAAAUCGUUCAAGCCGAACCUAGUGAACGCCAUGAUCUGCUUCUCGAACUCGAACAUGUGGCAUUUAAUCCUGACGAAGAAAAAGACGAAAUGCCGCCAACAAAAAGGGAUUCCCUAAGUAUGGGUGAAGUACGACACAAACAGCAUUACAUUCUCGAGCAAUUGCGUCGGCAACUUUGCACUCUGGCGGAAGCACAGAAUUGGAAACCUGAACCGGAAUUGAAUGCGGAACCACCCGCACCAGGUUCUGUGGACGAAGUAGUUUGCUGCUGUAUUAGAAAGAAACGAAAACCUCCACCACCGCCGCUACAACCACAACAGCCGCAAACUCCCGACAUGAAUGAUAAUGCACACGAAAAUAAUGAGGAAUCCAGAUAUUCAAGCUCAAGCAAAAACCAAACUGAAACGGAAAUGGGAUUAGGAACUGAUAGAGAUAUUGAGAUAGAACCAUCGCAAAAUUCAAGUGCAAAACAGAGAGUCUCGAUCUCUAAGGAGGAGGCCUUAGCCUUUGCAUGCAAUACUGAUCCUUCCUAUUCCAUUAAAGCUUCAACUACCCGAGUCAGUAUUUGCCCGGAGAACGAUGAAAAUGCUAAGCAAGCCCGGCCAUGCACCUGUAGAAAAAUAAGCCAAAGACAGGAUCGCUAGCAUAUGUAAUCCACAUACAUGUUCCAAUGUUUCUUGAAGCAUGAAUUUUACCCAAAUAAUUACAAUUUAUUUUUUA